AUGAAAACGUUUUUCAAUUCAACUAAUCUAGAAUCAGUAAUCAAAGUUACCGGUUACCAUUUUGAAGAACCUACAAUAUUAGAAGGCGUCGAUAAUGUAGUUAUCGCUCAUGGUAUUAGAAACAGAGAUAAAUUGCCAGUGAUAGCUAAAUUGUCACACCAACCAUUACAAUUAGAAAGAGAAUAUCAUAUUGUACAACGUUUAUAUAAACAAUCAUCGUCUAAAGAGCUUUUAUGUAAGCCCUUAGACAAGGCAACUUGUACAAACAAUGAUAUGAUUGCAUUUAUUUAUGAAGAUUGUUUGGAUAACUGCUUAACUCACUAUUUCCAACCAAACUAUACCAUAACUGAUUUACAUAACCAACAGCCCUAUAUUGCUUUAAAUGAUUCAACAAAUAUGACUACGAAUAUUGUAAAGCCAUACAUUUCUUUAAAAAAGUUUUUAGAGUUUGCAAUCCAGUGUUGUAAUUGUUUAGAAAUGAUACAUAAACAUCAAAUUAUUCAUGGUGAAAUUAAACUAAAUAGUUUUUUAUGGCCAAAGAAUGGUUCAGUAAAAAUUUGGAAUUUUGGUUCAGGCUCUCAUAGUCUUGAACAAAGUUUAACUUCAGAAGGUUGGAGAAAGGCAGUACAACGUAAUGGAGCUAAUAGUUUAUUACAAAGAUUAACUUAUGUCAGCCCUGAGCAAACGGGUAGAACAUCAUUUCAGCCUGAUCAUCGUACUGAUCUUUAUAGUCUCGGUAUUACGUUUUUUGUUGCUUUAACUCAAACAUUACCUUUUGCUCAUAACAGCCCUAUGGAAAUUGUACAUAAUGUUUUAAAUAAGAAGUUACCCUUUGUUCAUGAAGUGCGUCCAGAAACACCUGUAGCUAUUUCAAUGAUUAUUGAAAAAUUAACUAAUAAGUCACCAGAUGAAAGAUAUACAAGUGCUCAUGGUUUAAGAGAAGAUUUAAAAGAAUGCUUAAAGCAACUUGAAAGUAAUACAGCUACAAUUUCACCUUUUCCCUUGGGCAAAUAUGAUAUUGCUAGUAUUUUUACUUUACCCAAUAAUGGAUGCUUUGGACGAACAAAAGAAUUAAAUUUAAUUAAUGCCAUUAUAAGAAGGACAGCUUAUAUGUGCGGAUUUAAUAUCAGAAGAUAUAGAGCAAAUUCAGAUGGUACUACACCAACAGCAGCUGCUAUUUUUACUCCAUUCAAACUCACAACAGAAGAACAAUCACCUUCUUAUAAACGUGUUAACAAUAGAAAUGAAGCAGUUAAUGGUCAAAAAAGUACGAAUAAAGUACAUCAUAAUCGAAAGAGACCAACUGAGAUUAUAGCUAUCUAUGGUAAUACAGGUGUUGGAAAAUCAACAUUGAUUAGAAAUAUUCAACAGUUUGCUCGAGAAUAUGGCUAUAUUGCUGUAGCCAAAUUUGAUACAAGACAGCCGACGCCUUAUGGUUGUAUUUUAAGAUGUCUAUCUAUCUUUUUAAAAAAUAUCUUAACUGAGCCUACAACAGAAAUUGAGCGUUUUCGAAAGAUGCUCAAAAAUCAGUUAGGUGUUGAAACAAUUGUUCAAUUACCUACUCUUUUGGUUGAUAACGUACCCGAAUUAGCAUCUUUUUUGGAUCAACCAUUAUUACAAAGAGCUGCAAAUAGUAGUAAUUCUUCUUCAACUACAGGCUGUGAAUGGGAUAUGGAAGGUGGUGAGAUUAAGUUAAGAUUUCAUUCUGCCUUUAUUGAAAUUUUUCAAGUGAUGUUUUUGGAAGAUCUACAUCAAGCAGAUGAAGCAUCUAUUGAGUUAUUAAAUUCUCUUAUCUCAUCAAAGCUUGAUUUUCUUAUUAUUUUAACUUAUAGAGACAAUGAAGUAUCUAAUUUAAUUACAAAACUUUUAUCUAAUGAAGAUGCAGUCAUAAGCUACGUUAAAAUUGAAAAUUUAGACCAAACAGCUCUUAUGGAGCUUGUUCGAGCCACUAUGCAUCGACAUGAAGAAAUAGAUAUCGCUCUAUUAGCUCCUCUUAUUGAGUUUAUUUAUAAAAGAACUCAUGGAAAUCCCUUUUACGCUUGUCAACUGCUCAUGACAUUAGAAAAGAAAAAUUUAAUUUAUUUUACUUGGGAAAAGAGACGCUGGGAAUAUAAUUUACAAGAGAUCGAUAAAGCACUUUUAUCGGAAAUGAAAGAAGAUACAAAUGGGGAUAUGAGUAUAGAAUUUUUAGUUCGUCGAUUAAAGGAAUUACCAAGAGAUGGUAGAAACUUUUUAAAAUGGGCAUCAUUUAUCGGAAACAGUUUUAAUUAUGAAACUGUUAGGAACUUAAUGAUGGAACAUGAAGGUAUUGAUGAAGAUGAUGAAGACGAAUAUUAUUCCGAGGAAGAUGUCAGUGAGUCUGAAGAGCGAUUCGGGAAGCAAAUCAUUGUAUCAUCUGCAGACACCACCUCUACCUAUUCUGCCACUCAUAAUAGUGGUAAACGUAAAUAUGAUGCUAUUAACGGUCUUCAAUCAGCCUUACAACAGGGCUAUAUUCAAACCGUAAAUAAUGAUGAAUUUCGAUUUACACAUGACCGAUAUUCACAGGCAGCCAUGAUGUUAGCUUCCCCCGAAAAGCAAGAUUUACUACAUUUAAAAAUUGCUGUUCAUUUCAUGAGAAAAGAAAAGGUCGACAAGUUUUGGGUAGCGGAUCAUGUAAAAGCCGCUAUGCAUCUUAUAAAAGGGGAAGAUGUUAAAACACCCUAUCGUAAGGUACUUUUACAGGCAGGAGACAAAGCUUUCGACUCAGGUGCACAUAAAUUGGCCUUUAGUUAUUAUUCAGCAGCUUGUCAGUUAUUGUCUACAAAGGAAGAUCCUUGGAAAGAUGGCGAUGAUUCAAAUUAUGUAGAGACACUUCACUUAUAUACACGUCUUGCUGAAAUUAGUUGGUUUAUGGAUUAUGAUUUAACCCGUGGUUAUCUUGAUGCAAUUUUACAUCAUGCGCAAUCUGCUAUUGAUCGUGCAGCAGCAUAUCGUGUACAACAUCGUUAUCGUUGGUCCUCUUUAGGUAGCCACAAGAGCUCUUCUAUCCUAUUAGAAUGCCUGCGUGAAUUAGGUGUAAAAGACAUCGAUAUAAAUCUUGACAAGAAACAAUUAAUGCAACUUUAUACUACUACACGUCAAGAAGUUCUUAAUGUAGGCAUGGAAAAUAUUUUAAAAUUACCGGUUUGUGAUAGCCGUUUGAUUCGUACUCGAUUCUCUAUUAUGGAAGAAUUUUGUCUUUGGGCUUACUGGACAAAUGAUAUGCGGGCUAUGCUUUCUGUUGGUUCACGCUUUGUAAUAAAGACUUUAAAGAACGGUACAACACCUACGACUGGUGUAGGUUUUGUAUUCUUUGGUAUUGCUGUUAUGAAAUUAUUCAAGGCAUAUAAAUUUGGUGAGCAAAUUGGCGAGAUAGGUGUUGCACUUUGCAAUAAUUAUGGUGGAAAUUCUGAAUCAGGUCGUGCUCGUUACCUUUAUUCUGCUUUCCUAAGUGUAUGGAAAUAUCCAUACCACAAAUCGAUUCCGAUGACUCGUUUAGCUAUGAAGCAAGGUUUAUUAGGUGGUGAUCGUAUAUAUGCUACAUUAGCACAUUUAUAUACAAUCAGUGGUAGCUUCUUUAUUGGCGAGAAUAUGGCUGAUGUAUUACGUGAUGCUAAAAUGUGUCUAGAGGAGAGUGAUAACCAUAGGAUGAAUUCUAGCAUGAUCAUAUAUAUAACCACCAUUAUUCGUGCUAUCUCGGCGAUACAAGGGAAAAUAACGUUGACAGAUGAAGCACUGAUUUUUGACGAUAAAGAAUUCCAAGAAGCGAGCUUCAUCAAAAAUAUAGAAACACAGCAAUUGGAUGUAGGUUUUCUUUUAUAUUUUUAUUAUGCAAUGAAAUCAAUAGUUCUGGGGCUUUAUCAGUUUGAUUCUGCAACGAUCCAACUUAGUUCUCAAUAUCUACAUAUGGCAGAUUCUUUACCUUCAGCUCGUUAUACACAUUUAAUGUUUUUCUUCAGAUGUAUUAGUCUUAUUCGAGUUAUCAGAAAUAAAAAGGCAAAUCAGAAAGAUUUAGAAGAAGAAAUGGAAAGUUGUCGUACUCGUCUAGUUGAAUGGGCAGAGCAUGCUCAUUCCUUAAAUAUCCAAUUACAUGUCACUUGUAUAGACGCUGAAAUUGCAGACUUAAAUGGCAACCAGCUUGAGGCUCAAAGAUUAUACGACCUUGCUAUUCGAAAAGCUAAACAAGGCAAAUGGAAUAUUGAAAUGGCUCUUUUCCACGAGCUUGCAGGAGAUUUCUAUCUUCGACAUGAUCUUUCUUCUAUCGCACUUGUUCUGAUUGAAAAAUCAAUUUCUGCUUAUCAACAUAUGGGUGUUUAUGGAAAAGUUACCCAAAUACAGCUACGAUAUAAGGCAUUGCUAAAGGAAGGUCUUUCUUUUGUUCAUGCAAAGGAAAUCAGUGUACAAACUAAGGCUUAUCAACCCUCUGUUAAACGUGAAUCAAUUGGUGACUUGGGCGUACCUAGGUCUAGCUCAACCGACAUGUUUGAUAAUUAUGAUAAAAAUGUUAGUGAUAAAAAUUCGAGUCCUGAAGAAACUUUAUUAUCGUUAGAUGUAGUUGAUUUAGCCUCCAUUCUUAAGAGUUCACAAGUUAUAUCAAGUGAAAUGAAUUUUGAGCUUUUAAUGAAACAAAUGCUUGGUAUUAUUUUAGAAAAUUCAGGUGCUGAAUCAGGUGUUAUCAUUAUUCGAGAAAAUGCUUCGUUUUUGAUCGUUGCUGUUGGUUCACAAACAGACGGUUGUGAAAUUUUCACAAAACCAAAGUUGCUAUCUGAAGAAGCGGAUUCUAUUAUCACCCGUAUCUCUCAGUAUGUGAUUCAUUCUCAAGAAUCCUUAUUUAUCGUAGAUGCACAGCAAGAUUCAAGGUUUUCUGAUUGUACUACAUUAGCCAAAUCAUGUAUCUGUACACCUAUUAUUCAUAAGACUGCUAUUGUAGGUUGUAUAUACAUUGAAGGGGCUGUAGGUUCUCUAACGUCUCGUCAUGUGACCGUAAUGCGUUUAUUGUCUCAACAAAUUGGUAUCUCGAUAACAAAUGCUUUAUUAUUUAAGAGUGUUCAAACAGUAACUCUUGCAAACGUUCGAAUGAUCGAAAACCAAAAAGCAGCCUUAGAAGAGGCUCGAAGAAGUAAGGAGGCAGCAGUACAUGCCAUGAAAUUAAAAGCAGACUUUUUGGCAAAUAUGUCUCAUGAAUUGCGUACUCCAUUUUCUGGUUUUUAUGGCAUGAUAUCACUUUUGUCAGAAACAGCGUUAGAUGCUGAACAGCAAGAUAUCGUACAUACGGCAAAGGAAAGCUGUGAAAUGUUAUUAAAGAUUAUUGAUGAUUUAUUAAAUUUCUCAAAGUUAGAAGCAGGCAAAGUAGCAUUAGACUUGGGGCUGUUAAAUGUAGAGGAAGUAAUUGUAGAUACUAUUGAAAUCUUAAGUUCAUUAGCUGCUCGUAAAGGAUUAGAAUUAGCUUAUAUUGUUGAUUCCAAUGUUCCAGACACUGUUGUUGCGGAUUCCUCUCGUUUGCGUCAAAUUUUGACCAAUUUACUUGGAAAUGCUAUUAAAUUCACUCAUCAUGGUGGUGUUGUUAUAAAAUGCCAUCUAGUUACUGAUGAUACUGAGACAGCAAGUAGGGAUGACUUUAUUCGUUUAAAGUUUGAAGUCAUUGACACUGGCAUCGGUAUUCAUCCUGGACAACAGCAACAAUUAUUUGAACCCUUUUCACAAGUGGAUGGCAGUACAACACGUAUGUAUGGUGGUACAGGUCUUGGUUUAUCUAUUUGUUUGCAGCUUGUUCGUUUGAUGAGAGGCCAGAUUGGGGUUGAAUCAGAGCCCGAAAAGGGAUCCAACUUUUGGUUUACAAUUGUGGUUAACAAAGAAAAAGAAGAGAGUAAUCCAAACACGAAUUAUGUAUCAAAAACAUCUGCUCUUCGAUUUGCUUUACGUGAUCAGACUAUUUUAUUGGCCACACACAGUGAUCUGAAUGCUAAGAUGUUCCGUACUUUACUAGCUGACUUUAAGGUAAAGCGUACGGCAGAUGUACAUCAAGCAGUUACUAUAGCCCUUCAAGAGCAUCAUCCUAUUUUAAUCUUGGAUAUUCCUCCUAAGCCUAGUAACUUUAUAGCUCCUCAGCUUCAAAGUGUUGAUGAUGAUCCAGAAUGUGAAUUACAUAUUAUCUUAUUAUAUACACCAUCCACUGAAGGUCAUAAACUAGCUGCGGAAGCUACUAAUUCUGCUUCAGAUCGACGUGGUCGUUUAGUAAAAAUGGCAAAACCUAUACGUAGAGCAAAGCUUUUAUGCAUGUUAGAACAAGUUCUUGGACAAAAGCGUGACUCACCUUUACCAAGAUUACCUAUGCCUCUCGGAAAUCGUAUGAUUGAUUAUUUUGAGAAAAAUGAGCUCUCUUGGUAUGCUGAUAAGCAUGUUUUAAUUGCUGAAGAUAACAUGGUAGCUCAAAAAUUACUUCGAAAACAACUGGAAAAAAUGGGAUUUAUUGUUGAAUGCGCAAAUAAUGGUGAAGAAGCAGUUAAUCUUUGGAGAGAAAAGCCUCUAAACUAUUUUUAUAUCGGUUUCUUUGAUCAUCAUAUGCCAAAGUGCGAUGGGGUUGAAGCUACAAAACGUAUUCGUGCUUAUGAGGCAGGAAAAGAGAGUCGAUUACCAAUUGUAGCAUUAACUGCGGAUAUUCAAGCAUCAGCCAAAGAGAUAUGUGUAGAAGCAGGCAUGGAUGGAUAUCUAACAAAACCAUUGAUACCAAAAGAAUUAGCAGCAACUUUACGACAGUUAAAUCCAGUCAUUCAAAAACAUUAUGAAGGCUCUACUUCAUCUUCUGUAUAA